CGACGAUAGAAACUAUCGAUAGACAAUGACAGAACGUUUGAAAAAAAAGUUGAAGAUCUCUCGCGUAGUUUAUUGAUUGCAUUGAAACGAAACUCACAAACGGAGAAGCGGAGCGGAGAGCGAAGCGCAAGAGAGCGACUGAGAGGGAGCCACUGGACUAGUGACAAUCGACCAUCAGGCAUCAACCAUCAGGCAUAUACAAUCCACAAUCGACACUCUACACUCGAGCAGAGAACGUCCAUAUCCACAUCCGCAUCGGAUCGCCAUCACAUCGGAUCGAAGCCCCCCCAUCUCAACCAAGUAGCCAACCAUGGCCUGGCGAUUCAAGGCUUCCAAGUACAAAAAUGCCGCACCCAUUGUGCCCAAGGCGGAGGCAUGCGUCCGCGAGAUCUGCGUGGGCAGCUACCAGACGUACGGCAACAACAUUGCCGCCUCCGGCGCCUUUAUGGCCUUCAACUGGGAGCACACCGGCUCCAGCGUCGCUGUCCUCCCGCUGGAUGACUGCGGCCGGAAGAGCAAGACCAUGCCGCUGCUCCAUGGGCACACGGACACAGUGACGGAUCUCAAGUUCUCCCCGUUUCACGACGGGCUGCUGGCCACCGCCUCGCAGGAUUGCCUGGUCAAGAUCUGGCACAUACCGGAAAAAGGUCUGGAGCAGUCGCUUUCCGAUCCGGAGGCCAUCUUCUCACACAAGCAGAGACGCGUAGAGACAGUGGGCUUCCAUCCAACGGCCGACGGCUUGAUGUACUCCACAGCCGCCGGCUGCGUGGCUCUCUUUGAUCUCAGCACCCAAAAGGAGAUAUUCUCGAACAAUGAGCAUCCCGAGGUGAUACAGUCGGCCAGUUGGCGCGAGGAUGGCACCGUUUUGGCCACCAGUUGCAAGGAUAAGAAUGUGCGAAUCUUCGAUCCCCGUGCCGCUGGUUCACCCAUCCAGCUGACUGCUGAGUCGCAUCAGAGCAUCAAGGAUUCGCGGGUAGUGUGGCUGGGAAAUCAGCACCGCAUCCUGACCACUGGCUUCGAUGCGGCCCGACUGCGACAGGUGAUCAUCCGCGAUGUGCGCAACUUUAACACGCCAGAGAAAACUCUCGAACUCGAUUGCUCCACGGGCAUACUGAUGCCCCUCUUCGAUCCCGACACCAAUAUGCUUUUCCUAGCCGGAAAAGGUGACACCACCAUUAACUACUUGGAGAUUACGGACAAGGAUCCGUAUUUAAUUGAGGGCUUGCGUCAUACUGGCGAGCAGACGAAGGGUGCGUGUCUGGUGCCCAAGCGAGCACUUAAAGUCAUGGAGGCAGAGGUUAACCGGGUGUUGCAAUUGACCUCCAACAUGGUCAUACCCAUCAUGUACCAGGUGCCCAGAAAGACAUACCGUGAUUUCCACGCCGAUCUAUAUCCGGAGACUACUGGCUACAAGACAGAACUGGUGGCCGGCGAGUGGCUGAAUGGCAGCAACCAGGCGGUGCCCAAGAUGAGCCUUGAUCCCGCCAAGCGCGAGCAUGGCGAUGAGCCAAUUAUUAUUCAUCGCGGUAACCUGAGUGAUUUUGUUAAGAACCUGGAGAAUCAGCGGGCCAAGAGCAACACCACUGGGAAACCAAAUCAGCAGGCCAAACGCAACGAUAACGAGCAUUUUGUCAUGCUAAACAAGGGAAAUAACUUUGAGGAGAAGAACGGCAAUGACAAUAGCAACGAUAGCAAUGGAAAGAAGAGCAUACCUUCACAGUCCCAGCCAGAUGGCGAGUGCAGUGAGCUCAUCCGUAAGUUCGAGUCCAAAUACAAGGUGGAUUCGGAGAAGGAAAAGGCCCAUGCCUACGCCCAGUCCCAGGAGGAUGACAAGGAGUCACCCACCGAGCAGGAGCAUUCGACCGGCAGCAGCGAGGAGGUCUCCUCCUCCGGUGGACUGGACAACCACUCGGCCAGUGGCAGCCACUCGCCACCGAAGCCCAUGCCGCGCACCUCGCGCAACAAUUCCCUGCCGGAGGCCAGUGAUUCCGCUGGGGAAAGCAGCAGCACCAACACGCCGCGCCCGAGGCCUCGUACCACCGCUGCGUCUGCUUACAAGCCACGUUUGGGUCCCAAGCCCUUCUCCAGCACCACAGGUGACGUUUCGUUUGACAAGGUGUUCGCUGUGCCCUUGGCCCCGGGAUCCCACGAGAAUAUCUCGAACGUGGGGCAGGACAGCGGAGUGGAGAUGACACCCGCUCAGGGAGCCAAACCGGAUCUCAUUGUGGAAAUCGAAAUUAAAAAGAAACCCGAAAGGGAACCUGCUGUGGCUGGAAAUGGUGUCCAGAAGUCACUGACCACCUCGGAGCGCCGUAAGUCCUCGGCUGACGAUGAUGAAUCAUCCGACAAGAUAUUCGAGCAAAACUCGGAGUCCUCGGAGAACUCGACGGAGGGCGAAGAUCGCACGGAUGCAGAUCUGCGCAGAAACUGCACCUCCAGGAGCAGCUUUGCCGAGCGACGGCGCAUAUACGAGAAUCGCUCCAAGAGUCAGGUGGACGAGAAGCCUCAGUCGCCAGUCCCAUUACGUCGCGAGCACUCCAAGGUGGAGCCCCUGAAGCCCAGUCAACAGCAGCAGCAGCAGGGCAAUGUGAUCGACACCAAGCGCAUCUCUGUCCCAGAGGGUAAAUUAAUGGAGGAGCACCGCCGCGGAAACGGCGCUGGACUCAAGAAAUCCGCCACUGAGGCGGCAUUUAGUGCUGCCAGCACCAAACGCACCUCCACCGUUUUUGGCAAGGUGUCCAAGUUCAGGCACUUGAAGGGCACCCCUGGUCACAAGUCCACGCACAUCGAGAACUUGCGCAACCUAAGUCGCCAGAUUCCGGGCGAGUGCAAUGGCUUCCACGCCAACCAGGAGCGCGUCGCAGUGCCGCUUUCUGGGCCCGGCGGCAAGAUAGCCAUCUUUGAGUUGAGCCGCCCUGGACGGUUGCCCGAUGGCGUGAUUCCGUCGCUCGUGAACGGCAGCAACAUAAUGGACUUCCAGUGGGAUCCGUUUGAUGCCCAGCGAUUGGCUGUGGCCUGCGACGAUGGCAUCGUAAAAAUCUGGCAUAUUGAAGCCGGCGGAUUGAGUGAGCCGACAAACACACCUGCCGGCGAGCUGACCGCUCACCUGGACAAGAUUUACUUCAUACGCUUCCACCCGCUGGCUGCUGAUGUUCUGCUAACCGCCAGCUACGAUAUGACCAUCAAGCUGUGGGAUUUGCGUACCAUGACAGAGAAGUGCUCGCUUUCGGGGCAUACAGAUCAGAUCUUUGACUUCGCCUGGAGUCCCUGCGGCCGGUUGGGCGCCACCGUAUGCAAGGAUGGUAAGAUUAGGGUAUACAACCCAAGGAAAUCGGAGACACCCAUACGGGAAGGCAAUGGACCGGUUGGCACUCGCGGAGCUCGGAUCACCUGGGCGUUGGAGGGACAUUACAUCGUCUGCACUGGUUUCGACAAGGUUUCGGAGCGACAGAUCAGCGUGUACAAUGCACAAAAGUUGUCCGCCCCGUUGAACACGGCCAGUUUGGAUGUCUCACCCUCCAUAUUGAUCCCAUUCUAUGACGAAGAUAGCUCCACACUGUUUGUUACGGGCAAGGGUGACUCCACCAUCUACUGCUACGAGAUCACCGACGAGGAGCCGUACAUCUGCCCACUGUCACACCAUCGUUGCACCUCGCUGCACCAGGGCCUCAGUUUCCUCACGAAGAACCACUGCGACGUGGCCAGCGUGGAGUUCUCGAAGGCCUAUCGGCUAACCAAUACCACAAUUGAACCCCUGAGUUUCACUGUGCCCCGCAUCAAGAGCGAGCUGUUCCAAGACGAUCUGUUCCCACCCACACGCAUCACCUGGAGCGCCACGCUAAGCUCCGAGGAUUGGUUCGCUAGCAAUGACAAGGCGGCACCCAAGGUCAGCCUCAAGCCAGAGGGCAUGGAAACUUUAUCUUCCAUACAGCAAGUGCCAGCGCAGCCCGUCAAGAAGCCGGAUCAUCCUCAGUUCGGUGGUCAGAAGUCCGAGUACGAGAUCAACAAGCAGCAGGAGAUCCAGAAAUCAGUUAGCGCGCGUAUGGAGUUCACCACCAAGCUGGAGCAGGACGACAUGGAGGGCGUGGACGAGAACGAGUGGCAGGAGUAGCAGUAUAGCCAACGUCUGCGGCGGACAUGAACCAUGGAAAUCAGUUCACAAUUUAGCGUUUAACCAAUGGGCGUAACUUUUUUUUAACAAUCUAAACAUGACACGACAUCAUGACAGAACAGCAAAGUGCUCGACAUUUACAAUCUACUUGCGAGCGAGCGUAUAUAGAGAACUCGUAGCUAAGCCGAAAGUAAAAAAAACUAACACACUCCCGUACACACACCCUCAUCCCUCAUCAUCCCAGCAUUCAGUUCCUCGCUCCUCCGCCAAUUACUGCAGUUGCUCAAUAAUUGCCAAAUUAAACAUCAUAAGCCAGUUUUGUUCGUUUUGUUAAACGUUGAUUUUUAUGUAUGUUCUUUUUUUUUAAUUGUGUGUGUAUUAACUUUUGAUUUACCCAUAUAUGUUUGUGUUUUUGUGUGCUAUUUAAGUAGUUAGUCCAAAAUUAGUUUAGCCUAUUAAGGUGUUUACACUUACGAUUAAUUUCCCCGGUUCUCCUGUGUCCUUCAGUUUAUGUGGCCAUAUAGGAAAAGUGAGGAGAAGCGCUUAGAUGAUACUAAUUUUACGUAUGGACAUUACGCAUAUGUAUUCCCCUCUCUGUUUGUUUCACGUUUGCAUGUGAGUGCGUAAGAGAGAGAGAGAGAGAACGAGAUAGAGAGCGAUAGAGUGUGUGUGUGUGCCUGACUAUCUCCUUUUUCGCAAGAUUUCACCCUCUUUCGACCUACCAUCCAUCCGAAAUGAAAAACCCGCCCAAAUCGAACCGAAGAUGCCCCCCAACAUCGUUUCUAGUCUUUCGCAUCGUUCGAUCCCCCAAAAGAACCACCUCCCCCCAUUACCUAUUCCCCAACCAACAACAACAAGACAGGAAAGAAAAACAUAUAGACUGUAGCCAAACAAAAAGAAAAAAAAAUUUUAAUGAAAAUAAUGCUGAGAACUACAAUCAAGUGAGACAAUUUUUAUAGUGUAAAAUGCGUAAAUCAAACAUACUGCAACAGCCGAAUCAAACCGAAAAGACAAGCAAACAACAAUUCCAAAAUGUAUAACGAAAAGACUUGAUCAGCGGAUGGGUCAGUUGCCCAGCUGCCCAUCUCCAUCCUCAGAAUCCUCCUCCCCGAACGUCCCCUACUAACGCAAAAAGAAAGUACGAUGCCAAUCAGAACGGAAGGGGGGAAAGUAAUGAGUUGCCAUUGAAACAGAAACAGAAACAAAAACGGAAACGAGGGAAGGCAAUAGAUCGUAUCUCGAGUAGCAUAACCCAUAGGCAAUAACGUUUUGUACUUGCAAUAGAAUAUACAUAUAUACACAUAUACAUGAUAUAUUAUAUAUUUUGUAUACCAAGCGUAACUAAAAGCUGGCCAAGAACUCGAACUUCUGGCCGAACUUCUGAACGAACGACUGAACCAGAGCCGCAUAGGGCGAAUAGCGUGGCAAAUCGAAAUUCAAACUCAAAUAAUUCAAAACAGACCAACAACCAAUUCUCGGGUAACGGGCAAUAUUGUGCUAAACAAGGUUCUAUUAUACAGAUUAUAUAUACACACAUACCAUACGCAUAGUUAUAGGCAUACGGCAUAUACGUCGCAAACUGAAGCAAUUCCAGCAACUCCAAAUCAAAGUCCAAGCUGCAUUUAUUGAAUCCAAACGCCAUGGAACGACUGACAGACAAGUAUUCGCUAAACAUUCUGAUCUGCAUCUGCCCGCCCCGUCAAAAAUUCCCAAAAAGUCCCAAAAGAGGAGUUGAAUUGCAAGAGGUUGGUCUGAAAUCGGGGAUUGGGAUCGGGAUCAGGAUCCCAUUUGGGGAAGCGGGAACACAGUUCUACGAUCAUUAAGUCCUAUGUCCCAGUAAACCCACUCCAACAAUCCAAUACUAAAACCCCAACUCGAACGCCCGCAGAUAUUAUGUCGUUCUGUAUUUAUUAGCCAUAUUCGAUUACCAUUUUCGAACGUCUCUUAUUUAUAUUUAUAUUUAUAUAUAUCUAUAACAAUACCAAUAUACGAAAAUACAACUUCAAGCGAUAUAUAAUACGAUGAUAAGCGAAUGAAGGAUUGAUUGAUUGAUUGAUGAUUCACAGCGGAAGUCGAAAGGAAAUGCAAGCAGAAAGUAGUGAGGAUGGUUUAAGAAGGCGAACCAGCAGAAUCUGAAUCGAUAUCUGAAUCGAUAUCUGAAUCUGAAUCCGAAUCAGAAGCAUACACAUUAUUUAUACAAUUUAUUUUACAGUACGAGUAUAUCCGAUAACCCCCAUCCGAUACUCUAGCACUAAGUUAUAAUUACAAUAAUAAUAAUGAAAGCAAAAAUAUAUUUAUAUAC